AUGCGGCAACUCAAGUUCCACGAGAAGAAGCUCCUCAAGAAGGUCGACUUCCUGCAAUGGAAGAACGAGCACUCCCGCAGGGAGCUCGAGGUGAUGAAGCGGUACCACAUCCAGGACCGCGACGACUACAAGAAGUAUAACCGCGUGACGGGCAUGAUCACCAAGCUCACAGCGCUCCUGCGCAAGCUGGACGCGUCGGACAGCGUCCGCGUGGACCUCACGGACGCCCUCCUCGAGAAGCUGUUCGCGAUGGGCGUCAUUCCGCACAAGAAGUCGCUCGUGCAGUGCGAGAAGCUGUCCACAGCGAGCUUCUGCCGCCGGCGCCUCCCCGUGGUCAUGGUGCGCACGAAGAUGGCCGAGACGAUGCGCGAGGCGUGCACCUUCGUCGAGCAGGGCCACGUGCGCGUCGGCCCGGAGACCAUCACGGACCCGGCGUUCCUCGUCACGCGAAGCAUGGAGGACUUUGUCACGUGGGUCGACACCAGCAAGAUCAAGCGCAAGGUCCAGAAGUACUCGGACAAGCUCGACGACUUCGACCUCAUGCAGGGCUGA